AUGGCUCAAGCUGCGUCUAAAACAUGCGAAGUUUGCGUAGGUGCACCUGGAUCACAUUAUUGCAUUGAUUGUGAAGAAUACUAUUGUGAAAAUUGUAAGUUGCUUCAUAAUAGGCAGAAGUUAUCGAGAAACCACCAGUUUCAAAAAGCUUCCGACUUGAUCCCGGAAGGUAAAUCUAAAUGUAGUGAACACAGAGAAAAACUAACGUUAGUGUGUAAUACAUGCAGUGUACCAGUAUGUACCCGUUGCGUGGCAGGAAAUCACAAUGGGCAUACAUUUGCGGAAUUUGUCGAUGCAGUCACCAAAUUACAAGGGGAAAAUGAAACGAAAAUUCGUACGAAAACUAAGGAGGCGAAUCAAAAUAUAAAGAUGAUUGAGGAUAGCAUGAAGUCGUUUGAUAAUUCCGUUGAGUCGGUUAUUAAAACCAUCACCGAAAAAGGCAGUAAUAUUAAACGAAUGGUUGACGAAGGUGUAGCUCAGAUGAUUGCCUCAGUGAGAGAACAAUCAAAGAAAGAGAAAGAUAAGCUGACGAAUAUGUUGUCUGAGGCUAAAUCUGUUCUAGCUGCUGGACAGAACUUGGAUCAAAGAAGUAAGGGUUUGGAUAAAAUGAGGCAGGAUGGAACAAUGGUACAACAGAUGAAAAAUAUGGAAGAAGAAAUCAACAAACUACGUAUUAAGCAUCUUCCAGAGUUUCCAAAUAUAUCCCUCAGUCGCAAAUCUGUGUCUGAAGAUGAAAUCAGGCAACUGAUAGGUAUACAUACUAUAAGGUAA